AUGGCCAUCAGGAAGGAUACCAAACCAAGCCCAACAACAUGGCGGCAGUUCACCUUCUUCAACUCCUACCCGCUCCACUCCUCAUCCGACCUCGCAAACCCACCCGAACUGCUCAGCCAGCCGCACUCGAUCGCCGCCAUCGAGGCCGGAUUCGGCUCCACCAUCCUCGCCCAUCUCGACGGCCGGAUCUCCCUGCUCGACCCCUCCCUCGACCUGCUCCGAUCCUGGCCUGCCUUCCCCGGUGGCAGAACCCUGCUCGUCAGACCGACCUCAAUCCAGGGUGUACUCAUAUCAAUAGGCGAAGAAGCCGGUAACAGUGUCCCCAUCCUCAAGAUCUGGAACCUACGUCAUGAGGACAAACAAUCUUCUGCACCUCAACUACUCGGUUUCUCAAAAAUCCAAAACGGAAAUCGCCCUCAUCCAGUAACAACUUUGGCACUCUCUCUCAACCUGUCUUAUCUUGCCGUUGGCUUGGCCGAUGGUACUGUCCUCCUCUAUCGAAAUCUUGACCAAGCACUCGUCUCGGCCGCCUCUGCUACGCACAUCAGUCGCCCGCCUCCUGUGCUACCCAAACCGAAGAUAAUAUAUACUUCCCCAGAGCCGAUCACCGGGCUGGCCUUCCGAUCACCCAAACCAAGCGCCAGCCAAUCAUACUUCUCCAACCCGGAUUUAUCAGAGCCUGCUCCGAAGCCGUCCAGCACCCAUCGCCACACAUGUCUCUUUAUUGUCACGACUGCCAAAGUGCUCUGUUUUUUUACCUCGGGUCGGGGCGCUGGCUCGGGUGCAGAGCCGAUCGUGAUGGAUGAUCUGGGCGGCUCGAUAGGCUGCAGCGAGAUGAUGGACAACGGGGACCUGAUCCUGGCCGACGACUCGGCCUUGUACGUCUAUGGCCCCGAGGGCCGGGGCGCCUGUCUGGCCUACGAGGGCCCCAAAGCGAGGCUCAACAGUCGCGGCAACUACCUCGUCAUCACCUCCCCCCCAAGCUCAACCGGCCUCAAAAACGAUGUCGAACAGACCAGAGUCAUCGUCUUCGAUCUCCAAAAUCGUUUCAUCGCUUAUAAUGCUUUAUUCCGUGGUACCGUCCUACAUGUAUGGGCCGAGUGGGGGGAGCUUUAUGUACUCACUUCAGCAGCUGAGGUUACUAGACUAGUUGAAAGACCUCUGUCAGAGAAGCUGUCGAUACUCUACGACAAAGAUAUGUACGUUUUGGCAACUAAUGUCGCCAAGUCAAGCGGAGCGGAUCCCAGUGAGCUGUCGGAAAUCUACCGGAGGUUUGGCGAUUAUCUGUACCAGAAAUCGGAUUUCGAAGGCGCUGUUCAACAGUACAUCAACACUAUUGGUACUGUCCAGCCUAGUAUAGUAGUCCGAAAGUUCUUAGAUGCUCAAAGGAUAUCAAACUUGACGUCUUACUUGCAAGAACUACACGCAAGAGGGGUAGCUAAUGCGGAUCAUACGACUCUAUUGCUCAAUUGCUAUACGAAGCUCAAGGACCACGCAAAACUAGAUGAUUUCAUCAAAGCAAACGAGCGUGCAUCCAGGGAUAGUGGCGACCCGCUGCCAUUCGAUCUGGAGACUGCCAUCCGUGUCUGUCGUCAGGCAGGCUACUUCGAGCCGGCACUCUAUCUCGCGAAACAGUAUCGUCAGGAUGAGGAAUACUUGCGCAUCCAAGUCGAAGAUCGCGGCAAAUGGCUGGAUGCCGUGCAAUUUAUGAGAUCUUUAGGGCAUGUUGGUACGCGAGCUGAAGAAAAGGAUGAGACUGCUGCACCUGACUCGAUCAUCGGGCCGUCUGACGAAGAAGAUCGCGAGGCUGUUUGGGGCACUCUGCUAGAGCUGUACCUCCAGACGUCUGCCGAAGCGGGAGACGGGCGAGCGCGGAUGAGGAGCCGAGCGAUGAGCCUGCUGAAGAAGGGCGCCGAAGGGAGCAAGCUUCGGUACGAGCCCACCCAGGCUUUGAUCGUCUGUCUGACGCACGACUUUGUGCCCGGAAUUGUGCUCCUCUACGACCGUCUGGGCAUGGUCGAGGAUAUCUUGCGCUUCUGGAUCGACCGCGCCGACAGCGUCGAGUCGCUGGAAGCCCAAGAGGCCCAGAGCCGGAUCUUUGAGUGCUUGGAGAAGUACGGCGACGCGCAUCCCGAGCUCUAUCCCAUCGUCCUCCGAUACCUGGCUACCUCGCCCCCUCAACUUCUCUCCUCCCCGAACGGUCAGCUCAACGGCCUCCAAAAAGCGCUCGAUCAUAUCGAGAAACGCAAGAUCUUGUCCCCUAUCGAGGUGAUCGAAAUCUUGUCUAAACCCGGAUCUUCUGCUUCUAUCGGGACCGUCAAAACGUACUUGUUGAAUCAAGUGACGAACCAAAAACAUCAGAUGAAUUCUGAUUUGGAUUUGAUCAAUUCGUAUCGUAAGGAGGUCGAUAAGAAACGGACUGAAUUGCACGAAUUGGUCGAGAAGCCGAAGAUCUUCAACUUGAAUAAUAAGUGUGCAAGUUGUUUCACGCCGUUGGAUCUGCCCGUGGUCCACUUCAUGUGCCAGCAUUCAUACCACCAAAGAUGUCUAGGCGACCAAGAAGCGUGUGUGAAAUGUUUGAGCGGGAGUGGCGACCAGGGCGUCGGAGAUGAAGAGAGGAAGCCGGCGAGUCGGGCGACGGGCGAGCCGGACCAGGCAAUGAAAGAGAUGAUGGCGCUCAUCCGACGCAACAAGACCUUCAUCGACCCCGACCAUAGUCAGUCUCAACCGCAGCUCAAAGGCGCACAGCUACAGCAGCAGCUCGAGAGCAGGAUCGACGAGCAUCGGUUCUUCGUCGACGAGGUUCGCGAGGCGGAUGAUCCUUUUGGCUAUAUCGCUAGCUCGUUCUCUAAAGGGAUGCUCUAA